UGAAAAAAAAAAUCCCGAAAUUUUAUAACUAUAAAUAGAAUUGCAGAAAUUGACCAAGGACGAUGAUGGCAUUGCUUUAGGAGCUCCAAUAAGUUAGAGAAAUUUGGCGACUUCUUUGAGGCAUGGCUACAGAUACGAAGUCAUUUUUGACGCCGACGCAGAGGUACGCGGCGGGAGCAUUGUUUGCCAUCGCUCUCCACCAGGCUCAGAUCCAUCAGACUCGUCCUCUGGGGCUUCCCACCGAGGAUGAUGACCCUUCCUCUGAGGAGCGAACAAGUAGCAGUAGCAGUAGCGACUCCGUCUCUGAAGAUCCCGAGCUUUGGGUCCACGAAAACUCGGGUCUGCUCCGACCCGUUUUAAGAUUUCUAGAUAUUGACUCUUCAGCAUGGCUUGGGCUUGAAGAAACUGCUGGGGUUUCCCCAGCCAAAAAUCAUGUGGGACCUUUCUUGAGGUUACUUGCUGAAGAAAGUGGGGAGGGUUCAUCUGAAAGAUUGGAUCAGGAGGUUCUGUCUAAAGCUGUUGAUACUAUGGCACUUGGCAUGGAAACAAAUUCUGAGUCUUCCAUGGUUAAAAAAGAGAAGCAUCGUGAAUAUGAACUUGAAUAUCGUGAGAAAUAUUCCACUGUUGAGGUGCCAUCAAAUUCUGUAGUGGCAAACGAACAGACAGAGAUUCUACAGGAGAGCAAUACUAAUGGGCUUCGUGGGAAUGAAAACCGUCAUGUGGUGGGUGAUAGUUUGGAUGAGAAACCUGCUGAAGAGGUUGGGAUGCUUAGUUAUCAGAAGAAACUGACGGUUCUUUAUGAGCUUCUUUCAGCUUGUCUUGCAGCUGCAGAUACUCGCGAAGAUAACAAAAAAUAUAACCGACGAAGAAAAGGCUAUGAUGCUCGGCAUCGUGUGGCUUUACGGUUACUGGCAACUUGGUUUGACGUUGAGUGGAUAAAAAUGGAAGCCAUUGAGAUGAUGGUUGCUUAUUCUGCAAUGGCUUUAGCAAAAGAGAAAGAAGCAAAAGAAGAAGAAUCCCAAUCAUCAGAACACAAAUGGGCAAAAUGGAAGCGCCGUGGUAUCAUUGGUGCUGCUGCAAUAACUGGAGGAACGUUGAUGGCCAUUACUGGUGGGUUAGCUGCUCCAGCAAUUGCUGCAGGAUUUGGUGCCCUAGCUCCAACAUUAGGCACUUUAAUCCCUGUGAUUGGAGCAAGUGGGUUUGCUGCAGCUGCAAGUGCAGCUGGAACUGUUGCAGGUUCUGUUGCUGUUGCUGCAUCAUUUGGAGCUGCUGGAGCUGGACUUACAGGUACUAAAAUGGCUAGGAGAAUUGGAAGCGUUGAUGAAUUUGAAUUUAAAGCUAUUGGAGACUACCACAACCAGGGCCGACUAGCAGUUGAGAUUUUGAUCUCUGGAUUCAUUUUUGAUAAGGAAGAUUUUGUAAGGCCUUGGGAAGGACGAAUUGACAACAUGGAAAGGUUUGUGCUGCAGUGGGAGUCCAAGAAUCUGAUUGCAGUGAGCACCAUAAUUCAGGAUUGGCUAACUUCAAAAAUUGCCAUGGAGUUAAUGAGGCAAGGUGCAAUGAUGACAGUUUUAAGCGCACUUUUAACAGCAUUGGCAUGGCCAGCAGCAUUACUUGCAGCUACUGACUUUAUAGACAGCUCAUGGACAAUUGCUGUGGACAGAACGGAUAAAGCAGGAAAGCUGCUAGCUGAAGUUUUGUUGAAAGGUUACCAAGGUAACAGGCCUGUGACACUCAUUGGUUACUCACUUGGAGCACGAGUGAUUUUCAAGUGUCUUCAGGUCUUGUCUGAGACUGAACAAAAUGCUGAGCUUGUAGAAAGAGUUGUUCUUCUUGGAGCACCCAUUUCAAUUAAAGGCGAGAACUGGGAAGCUGCAAGAAAGAUGGUGGCUGGAAGGUUUAUAAAUGCUUACUCUUCUAACGAUUGGAUGCUUGGAGUUGCUUUCCGUGCAAGUUUACUUACACAAGGAUUAGCUGGAAUUCAACCAGUUGGUUCGCAGGGGAUUGAGAAUGUUAACGUAACAGAUUUGAUCCAAGGUCAUUCUUCCUAUCUAUGGGCUACUCAGCAGAUUUUGGACCGACUUGAACUUGAAGUUUACUAUCCCGUUUUCAAGAGCAGUCGCCACCAACAAUAAUACUUGUCAAGUUUUGCUUCUUCAAAAUUUCAUGUCCUGUGAUUCCGUUUAGGUAAAAAAUUGCUGUGUUCUUUCCAUAUCUUCAUUGAAAUUCGAAUUUGAACUCAAUAAACGGGUCAGGCAUGUUAGUGCUGCUGAUUCUCUAGCGUCUUUUUUCCUUUAUAUUUCUUCUGUGUAUAUUACAAUAUAACGGUUUCUUGAAGAAGGGUGAACCUUAUUCUGCCUCCAUAUUUCACCUUGAUUAAUUUAAUAUUCCUUUUUUUUUUCCUUCUCUUUUUCCAUUUAUUUGAGAGUUAAAAACGAUGUCGGAUUGAACAAUAGGAGCGGAGAAGAGGAGAAUCAAAAUCUAAAAAUGAAAUUAAAAGAGGAAACGGAAAUCCAAAAGCAAAAUCAUGCAGAGGGAUUCCUUAUUACUGUUCCACUCUCACAUCCCACCGUUGCACCAGAAAAUCGAAAAUCGAUACAAUUAAUUGUUGCAUUUAAGGUGAGAAA